GACUUUGAGUCAAAAGUCAUGGAGGUGGAAGAGUGGGUCUGUAAAUGAAAGAGCACUACAGUACAAGAUAGGAGAACGAAUCCAUGGGUUCACUGUAAACCAGGUAACAGCUGUUCCUGAGCUAUUCCUUACUGCAGUGAAGCUUAGUCAUGAGAACACAGGAGCCAAAUAUUUACAUGUGGCACGUGAGGACUCCAAUAAUCUAUUUAGUGUACAAUUUCGUACCACCCCGUUGGACAGUACUGGUGUUCCACAUAUCCUUGAACACACUGUGCUUUGUGGCUCUCAGAAGUAUCCGUGCAGAGAUCCUUUCUUUAAAAUGUUAAACAGAUCACUGUCCACUUUCAUGAAUGCGUUUACAGCCAGUGAUUACACACUCUACCCAUUUUCAACACAAAAUCCAAAGGAUUUUCAGAAUCUCCUGUCCGUGUAUUUGGAUGCUGCUUUUUUCCCAUGUUUGCGACAACUAGAUUUCUGGCAAGAAGGUUGGAGGUUAGAACACGAGAAUCCGACUGAUCCUCAGACACCACUAGUCUUCAAAGGAAUUGUUUUUAAUGAAAUGAAAGGGGCAUUUACAGACAAUGAGAGGUUAUUCUCACAACACCUACAGAAUAAACUCCUUCCUGAUCACACUUAUGCUGUAAUAUCUGGUGGAGACCCAUUAAGUAUUCCUGACCUUACAUGGGAACAGCUUAAACAGUUCCAUGCCACUCAUUAUCAUCCAAGCAAUGCUAGGUUCUUCACUUAUGGUAACUUCCCAUUGGAGCAGCAUUUGAAACAAAUUCAUGAAGAAGCGCUGACUAAGUUUCAUAGAAUUGAACCAAAUACUGCCAUCCCAGUACAGCAACUCUGGGAUAAUCCUAGAGAGCAUCAUGUGAAAUGUGGCUCAGAUUCAUUUGCUACAGAUCCUACAAAGCAGACAAUUAUUAGUGUCAGCUUCCUGUUGACAGACAUUACAGAUACGUUUGAAACUUUCACACUUAACCUGUUGUCUUCCCUGUUGGUUGGUGGACCUAAUUCCCCCUUCUACAAAGCCUUACUUGAGGCCAGUCUUGGUACAGACUUUUCUCCUGAUGUUGGAAAAGGAUUUGAAGAAGAGAGGAUUGAGCUCCUACUUCACAAAAUUGAAUCCAGAAUGAAAGCAUCAAGUCUAUCAAGUUUUGGAACUUGCCCUGACAUCAAAUGUUUAUCCUAUUUCUUGCCAAUCAAGUACAUAGCCUCCUGCUGGAAUCAUGAAGGAGACCCUGUCGAACUUCUGAAGAUUGCAGACAAAGUGACUCAAUUCAGGCAGCACCUGAAGGAAAACCCAACAUUUCUUCAAGAAAAAGUAAAACAAUAUUUUAAGGAUAAUCCACAUAGAUUGACUCUGUCGAUGAGUCCAGAUGAAAGCUACUAUGAAAAACAAGCAAAAUUGGAAGCAGAAAAACUGAAACAAAAGGUUAAUACUCUUUCUGAAGAAGAGAAGAAACAAACGUAUGAAAAAGGUUUGGAAUUAAUUGCUCUUCAAAGCAAACCUCAGGAUACCUCCUGUCUCCCGGCUCUAAAAGUAUCUGACAUUGCGCCUACAAUCCCAUUCACUGAGCUGGAGAUGGCAUUUGCAGCUGAUGAAAUCCCUGUCCAGUACUGUGCUCAGCCGACCAAUGGAAUGGUAUAUUUCAGAGCUGUUUCCAGCUUGAACACACUUCCAGAGGAACUCAAACCAUAUGUGCCACUCUUCUGCAGUGUCAUUACUAAAAUGGGCUGUGGAGCCCUUGGUUACAGAGAGCAAGCCCAGCAAAUAGAGCUAAAAACAGGUGGCAUGUCUGUCAGUCCACACAUCAUUCCAGAUGAUUCACAUCUGGAUGCAUAUGAACAGGGUGUGCUCUUUUCUUCUCUGUGCCUGGAUAGAAAUCUGCCGGACAUGAUGCACUUAUGGAGUGAAAUCUUUAACAACCCACACUUUGAAGAAGAGGAGCAUUUUAGAGUACUCGUUAAGAUGACUGCGCAAGAGCUGUCAAAUGGAAUUCCUGAUUCUGGGCAUUUAUAUGCAUCUGUUCGAGCUAGCAAAACCCUUACACCUGCCGGAGAGUUACAAGAAAUGUUUAUUGGCAUGGAUCAGGUGAAACUGAUGAAGCGAAUUGCAGAAAUGUCUGAUAUUAAACCAGUACUACGCAAAUUACCACGCAUUAAGAAAUAUUUAUUAAACAGUGAUAACAUGAGAUGUUCAGUGAAUGCUACACCUCAACAGAUGUCACAGGCAUCUAAAGAAAUAGAAAACUUUUUAAAAGGCAUCACUAGAAGCAAAAAAGAGAGAAAACCUGUCCGCCCCCAUGUGAUUGAGAAGUCUCCAGAGCCCGUGCCUGUUGGAAGGGAAAGGCUUAAUUGUUCACAAAUCACAAGGAAACUAAUUACUGAGCCUACCUUCAAACCAUGUCAGAUGAAGACCCAUUUUCUACUUCCCUUCCCAGUGAAUUAUGUUGGAGAAUGCAUUCGAACUGUUCCCUACACAGCUCCUGACUAUGCAAGCCUUCAGAUCCUUGCACGGUUGAUGACAGCUAAAUUCUUGCAUAGGGAAAUCAGAGAGAAAGGAGGUGCUUAUGGAGGAGGUGCUACGCUCAGUCAUAGUGGCAUAUUCACUUUCUAUUCAUACAGGGAUCCAAAUUCUAUAUCCACCUUUUCAACUUUUGAAAAAGCAGCUGAAUGGGCUCAGUCUGGGGAAUUUGCACAGCAAGACAUUGACGAAGCCAAGCUUGCGGUGUUUGCAGCUGUAGACGCUCCUAUAGCUCCUUCAGACAAAGGGAUGAAUCAUUUCUUGAAUGGCAUCUCCGAUGAGAUGAAGCAGAGACACAGGGAGCAGCUUUUUGCUGUCAGCAGUGAUCACCUUAUUGAUGUAGCAAACAAAUACCUUGCAGGUGGGAAGAGCACCCAUGGACUGGCUGUACUAGGCCCAGAGAAUCCACACAUUGCCAAAGAUCCAUCCUGGGUCAAACGAUAAUAUUUAUCAUCAUUGAUAACGUUUGUUACUGAAAAUGGCUUAAAAGAAAUAAAACAAGCCAAUUCACAAGUGACUAAGGCACAUUAGAAUUUUUAAUUUUCCUGCUAAGGUCCUAGUGAAAGGUCAUUACAACUUCUGUAUUCUACAUGCAGCAAGCCACUCAAAUGUCUUUCCUCAAAGAAAUUAACUCUGCUAAAGAAGGUUCAUCUCUACAACUGCAUUGUAUUUAAGAAUGAAAACUAUUUGUUCAUCUAUGGCUAAAGCAACUCUUCAGUUCCUCUAUAAGUAUUAACUGCGGUGGCACAAAAAUAUGGAUUUUAAUAACUUCUAAAUAUACAAAUUUUUUAAAAACCAAGCUAAGACUUGAAUUUUAAAAUGUGGUUUAGCUUAAAUCAUGUUUUCUUAAUAUCCGUAUUUUUAAACCUCCACUGUUGGGCAUAAACAGAUUUGUUACAC